CAUCAUGCCGUCUGAGCGGGGAGGCUAGCUAAAGCUGAUCUAUUCUAUUGGUCGCUUCCGUCAGUGUAAACAUGUAGCCGCAUUGAGCGGUGUUUCAUGAUUGUUGACCCGUGUGUCAGUGAUCCGAAUAAUGAUGGCUGUGUUGCUGAAGAAAAUAUCUUCGGAACCAGAGCAGCGUUGUUCUAGCCUGAUAACAAACGUUAGCUUUAACUUGGCUAACACUGAAUAGCUAACUUGGAUAGCUAACGUUAUCGGGCCGUGUGUUGUAUGGAGGCUAACCUCGCUAAUUAGACAGCUAGCUUGUCAAACAAAAGAAGAUGGCUAAAAAUAUUAUCUGACAAGGGCACACAAAGAAGUGGAGGGAAAAAAUGAAGAACUCUAGAAGUGUUGGUGCUACGUCCCCUGUGAAUGGGAAAAAAGGUAACGUUAACGAUUGGGACACCAGACGGAAGAGGAAAAUUUUGGACAUCACGCAGGCCCUUAGUGUGAUUCCAGUGGAUGUGGCAGCUUUGAGGAGGAUGGCUAUCAGUGAAGGAGGACUGCUGACUGAUGAGAUACGGUGUCAAGUCUGGCCUCGGCUUCUCAACGUCCCCCCUCACAUCUUCGAUCAAGAGCCAGAAAAAGUAGAGCGGGAGAAUAACAAGGACUACAACCAGGUGUUGUUGGAUGUCCAGCGCUCACUGCGGAGGUUCCCACCAGGAAUGCCAGAUGAGCAGAGGGAGGGUCUCCAGGAAGAGCUAAUUGACAUCAUCCUCGUAGUUCUGAAACGUAAUCCCCAGCUGCACUACUACCAAGGAUACCAUGACAUUGUUGUCACCUUCUUAUUGGUCCUUGGAGAGCGCCGUGCAACUGCUCUUGUGGAAAAGCUCUCAACACAUCACCUCAGGGACUUCAUGGAUCCUACCAUGGACAACACAAAACACAUUCUUAAUUAUUUGAUGCCCAUCAUUGAGAGGGUCAACCCUGAUGUGCAUGACUUCAUGCAACAGGCUGAGGUGGGUACAGUCUUUGCUCUUAGUUGGUUGAUCACCUGGUUUGGCCACGUUCUGUCAGACUUCCGCCAUGUUGUCCGGUUGUAUGACUUCUUCCUGGCCUGCCAUCCAUUGAUGCCCAUCUACUUUGCUGCUGUGAUCGUACUGUACAGAGAGGAGGAAGUUUUGGAGUGUGAAUGCGAUAUGGCCAUGGUUCAUCACCUGCUAUCUCAGAUUCCCCAGGACCUGCCAUAUGAGACACUCAUCAGCCGUGCAGGAGACCUCUUUGUCCAGUUCCCUCCAUCUGAACUGGCUAGAGAGGCUGCCUCACAUGAAAGCAUGGCAAGCUCUACCUUUAAGGACUUUGACCUUGCGUCCACUCAACAGCGACCAGACUCUGUUCUCCGACGCCGACGCAGACAGAAACAGGCUGCGCUGGAGAGCACAGCAGCAAACACUGUAGUGGCCCAACCUUCAGCAGCACGCCGCUUUGUUCGACUGGCUGUCAUGGGUCUGACGGUGGCUUUAGGGGCAGCAGCUCUCGCUGUGGUCAAUACUGCCCUGGAGUGGGCCCCCAAACUGGACUUGUUUCCUUGAAAUGCUCCUCUUUUACCCCUACGUUCUAACCUAUCUGUCCUUGACUGAAUCUAGCUGGUGGGUCUGUUUCCAAGAACCCUUUAAUUAAUUAAACCACAAACCCUGCAGUCGAUAACACUGUCACUGAGUGAACAUUGAGUGUUCUCUCUAAACGGAACGUUAACGCUCCUCUCUCGCCUCCUAGGAUGUCUUAACAUCCUAUGAAGGCCCCAGCUGAAGGUCCUUUAAAAGUACCUGAAGAGUGCACACCAGUGUAACAGCAACAACUGCUGGUGUUCUGAAAUGAAGAAUCCACCCUGUUAUAAUGGAGGGACUGUAAUUCUAAGAACUAUUACUGACGGUGUCAUUAUUAAAGUUUAUUUAUAUAUGGUAUUAGGAUAAUCUGAUAUUGAUUUAUGCUCACAUAAGAGAUUUGUGCUUGGUGAACUCACUACACUUGAAACUGCUGCCAAUUAAGUGUGUGUGUGUGUGUGUGCGCGCGCGCGCGUGUGUGUGUGUGUGUGUGUGUGUUCGCAAACCUAUUUGUUAUGUAUUUGAUACCUGGACAGAGACCAAAUAGAGGAUUGUUAGAACCCUCUUUUUGUAUAAUGUACUGUGUUUAAUUUAUAGGUAUGUAAGCAGCUGUGUAAAGAUAUGAUCAUGACACACAGGCACCUUUUAAGGUCACAAUUUUAUUAUGUUUGUCACUUUAAUUUGUUUGAAUACGCCUUUUUGGUCAAGACCGUUCUGGGGCCGAGUGUCUUUAAAACAUGUCAGCAGUUGACACCCUUGACUACACAUUUGAAUUCAGGUUCAUAGUUGGGUCUGCUACUAAACUUAUCUUAUUGGUGUUAUCAAAGUAAGUGUAUUGUAACCUGCGUGAGAUGUAAUUUAUUUGUAUCUCAAAAAUCUUGAAUUUGAGGAUGAGGUCCCAGAAUGGAGUACAGGAAGUAAAUAAAUCAGCCAUAUCGAAAUAGUUUAACUAGAGCUUUCCAGUUGCAUUUUCACCUAAUUAUUUAGUUGCACAACCUAAAAAAUGUGUCUGUUUCAUAGCCUCAAAUGACCAGAGUAUAUUUUCUGCGUCACAUUUCCUGGAGUAGAUUAUUAAAUCUCUCUGUGUAGUUUAUCAGCACACUCACUCACUGCCUGGUCACAGAAAAUAUCAAAGCUGGGAUAAAUAGCAAGUAAAACCAAUUGGACACUGUAGUCCAUGUGUUGGCACAGUUUGAGACCCAGUUUGCUCUGGCUGCAUUAGUUUUGUGAAAUUAUUUUCAUAGACACUUUCCAGAAAAAAAAACAGUGGUUGAAAUGCUAACACUAACACAAAUGUCAAAUUAAUGCUAACUUACACACACAUUAGUUAGGUUGGAUUGCUUUGAGUGUAGCAUUUCCAUUUAACAGGCAGUUCAGCUCAUUUUCAUUCGGUCACAUAUUUAAAGUAGUAGGGGCUUGCUCAGGUUACAGUGAAUAACCGCAGAAUACCAUCACCUGAAUAGCCUAAACUCUUAUCAGAAAAUACAUAGCAAGUAGGUUGUCAGAGCACUUCAUUCUAAGGUAGUUAAUUUGAGUUGUCUGUAAUAUUUUAUGUGUUUUGCUCAUCAGAAGAAUUCGAGGUCACUUACAUUUUACGGCACAACAACCAGUCAACUAAAAACUUCUCACUUGAGUUGAGCGCAUUGAGUGCCACGUUGAGAGAAGUUGUUCUUGCUGUGUUAGGAACCGAAAAUUAAGGUUGAUUGGUUUCUUGCCUUUGUAGUGAACCACUGAUUCAGCUGGUGAGGGAUCUACAAAAUGAUCUGAAAAUGAAGGUGACCUGGAAUGUGUCCAAGGACGCUUAGAGGUGCCUGAGAGUAUAGUUUUUCGGCAGUAUUGUAAUGCACCAUGUAUCUGCACUCAGUGGUUUUUAUUUCUUUUCAUUGCACUAAAUGAUUUAUCUGCCUUUUGUUUAUUUUCUUACAUUGAAUCUGUCAUACUAAUGUAAAGAUGUACAAGAGAAUGCUAAUAAACUAGAGUGAAACUGUUAA